AUGCAGACACUCUCACGUAUCCGAUUGACACCCCUGGCAGCGCACGCCCGGAGCUGCGCGCGCCUCCACCUACUCCGAUUCCCUCUCGCGUCCAAUACCUUCACUCGUCUUGCGACGACAACCUCCUCUACCCCUCGAAGACUAGACCUCCCGGCCCUCGACAAAAAAUGGCAGGCAAAAUGGCAAUCCGACGCGACUUUAGCCCAGCUCGCGACAGAGAAAAGUACCGAGCCGAAGCCGCAGACCUAUGUCCUUUCGAUGUUCCCCUACCCCUCCGGCACUCUGCACAUGGGCCAUGUUCGAGUAUAUACGAUUUCAGAUGUGUUGUCGCGAUUCUACAAAAUGCGUGGACAUGACGUGUUGCAUCCAAUGGGGUGGGAUGCAUUUGGGCUUCCGGCGGAAAAUGCGGCGAUUGAGCGAGGCAUUGAUCCGGCGGAAUGGACGGAGCAAAAUAUGGCCAAGAUGAAGGAGCAGUUGCGGGGGAUCUCGACUUCUUUUAAUUGGGACAGGGAGCUGGCAACUUGUUCCCCCGAAUUCUACGCGCAAACGCAACGGAUAUUCUUGAUGCUAUAUGAGAAGGGCCUUGCAUAUCAGUCUGAGGCUCUUGUCAACUAUGACCCGGUUGACAAAACAGUGUUGGCCAAUGAACAGGUGGAUGCCAAUGGAUUUUCGUGGCGCUCUGGAGCUAAGGUCGAAAAGUUGAACCUUAAGCAGUGGUUCUUCCGGAUCACUCAAUUUAAGGAAGAGCUCUUGAAGGACCUAGACUCGCUUUCUGGGGGCUGGCCCGAGAGAGUGCUAUCUAUGCAGCGAAACUGGCUAGGGAAGUCCCAAGGAGCCAAAGUGAAAUUUCCAGUUACUAUCAACGGAGACAAAGAAGUCAAUGUUGGCGUUUUCACGACGCGCCCUGACACACUAUAUGGAGUUGAAUAUCUUGCUCUAUCAUUAAACCACCCCAUCGUGUUGGAGGCAGCUGAAAAGGACCCGUCUCUUCGAAAAUUCUUGGAUGAGGCGGCCUUACUUCCACCUGAUUCGAAGGCUGGUUAUGUUCUCAAAAGCGCCGAGGCGUCGCACCCUCUUUUAAAAAUCGACAAAGAAAGCCCUCAUCUGCAGAGGAAGCUGCCGAUUUUCGCAGCACCGUAUGUGCUUAGUGAUUAUGGCGAAGGUGCGGUGAUGGCUGUUCCUGGCCAUGAUGCCAGGGACAUGUCAUUUUUCAAGGAGAACAUGAAUCCUGAGUCGAUUCCCAUUGUCAUCAACUCGGAUCCUCCGAAAUCUCAGGAUGGUGGCUCUAUCGAAUCGGUCAUCCCCGCUCGCGACGCGACUGCUUUUACCCAAGAGGGCUUCCUUUCUUCACUAUGCGGGAAAUAUCAAAGCCUGUCAUCUAAAGAGGCUACAAAGCAGAUUGUUACUGACCUCGAGAAGGUGGGACAAGCCGAGUUCAUGGAGAACUGGCGGCUGCGGGAUUGGUUAAUCAGUCGGCAACGGUACUGGGGUGCCCCCAUUCCAAUCAUUCACUGUGGCGACUGUGGCCCCGUCCCCGUUCCUUUGAAAGACCUGCCUGUUAAAUUGCCCAAGAUCGAAGGUGACUGGCUGAAGGGCAAGAAGGGAAAUCCUUUGGAGUCAUCCGAAGAAUUCCUCCACACCAAUUGUCCCAGCUGCGGAGGGCCAGCGAAGCGUGAUACAGAUACCAUGGAUACCUUUGUAGAUUCAUCGUGGUACUACCUACGCUUUUUGGAUCCCAGAAACAAGGAUGCUCCAUUCUCGCCAUCUGUCGCUCGUCCUGUGGACUUUUAUAUUGGAGGCGUGGAGCACGCCAUUUUGCACCUGCUUUAUGCCCGCUUCAUCUAUAACGCCUGCGGAACCGUUCAAGACUCUUCCUUCCAGGGUAUGGUUCAUGGAAAGACUUUCAUUGAACCAUCAACGGGUCGAUUCUUGCAUCCGUCCGAAGUGGAUAUCUCCGACCCGGAAAAGCCCCUGAUCAAGGGAACCCAAAUUACCCCCAACAUCUCCUUUGAGAAGAUGUCCAAAAGCAAACAUAACGGUGUUGACCCGACUGAUUGCACAACCAAGUAUGGAGCCGACGCUACUCGUGCGCAAAUUUUAUUUGCUGCCCCGGUUAGUGAAGUGCUAGAGUGGGACGAAGCUAAGAUCGUUGGUAUCGAACGCUGGUUCGGUCGUCUGUGGAAACUUGUCAUUGAUGCUCAAGAAACACUGAACAACGCGAGCUUUACGAUUUCCGCCUCUGACCUGGAUGCUUCAAAUAGCCACGCAGCUUCUCUUCCCCCUUCAUUGGAGGCGCUCAGCGAUUCCGAUGCAGAUGCAAUCCUGGCCACUCAUAAGACCAUCACUUCUAUCACAUCAUGCAUCGAGAACAACCCUUAUGGUCUCAACACUGUCGUUUCAGAUCUGACAAAAUUGACCAAUGCUCUCGUCUCGGCUCCUCCAUCCUCGCCUCUUGUCCUCUACCUUUCUAUCUCCUCUCUCCUCCGCCUUCUUUCGCCCAUUGCUCCAGCAUUAACAUCUGAAUCUUGGGAAGUCCUGCACAAGUAUCUAGUCCAAGGGAACAGUCCUACCGCCGUUGUUCCAUCCAUCCAUGCCUCGUCUUGGCCAACCCCUCUCCUAUCUUCUGAUCAGGCCGACGCUCUUUCUGCCCGUGGUGGUCAGACUGUGGCUAUCCAGAUCAAUGGAAAGAUGCGAUGCGCUGUCAAUAUCCCACGGAUGCCGUCCACCGCACCCACCUCCCAGGGAAAUAAAUCCGGACCCACGCCGGAAGAACAGGACUGGAUAAUAAGCCAUGUUCUGGACACCACAGAAGGCAAAUUUUGGCUGAAAGAAAAGAACGACUGGGAGAAGAGACGACGGGUGAUUGUUGUGAAAGGUGGUAAGCUCGUGAACGUUGUAUUCUGA